CUGAUAGUUGUGUGAGUACUUCCGGUGUAGGCUGCAGGGGGCAGCGGGACACCGGGGAGGCGAUGUGAGCACCGGGAGCUGAGACAGGCUAUUCAAGAUUUGUAAUGAGAUGGAGCCUGGAUCAAAAUCUUUUCGUGUGGAAUUUCCAGACUUCUCAAGUACCAUUUUACAGAAGUUAAACCAGCAGCGCCAACUAGGACAGCUAUGCGACAUUUCUAUUGUAGUACAAGGCCAUUUGUUUAGGGCACACAAAGCUGUCCUGGCAGCUAGUUCUCCUUACUUUUGUGACCAGGUACUCCUUAAAAACAGCAGGAGAGUAGUUCUUCCUGAUGUGAUGAAUCCAAGAGUAUUUGAGAACAUUCUUUUGUCCUCUUACACUGGAAGACUUUCACUCCCUGCUCAUGAAAUUGUAAGUUAUCUAACAGCUGCAAGCUUUCUGCAGAUGUGGCAUGUUGUAGACAAAUGCACAGAACUUCUAGAAAGUAACCCUACACUUUUGUGUCAGAAAACAAACCUCAACAAUGACCAUCAGUCCCCAAGUAGCAGCAACUACAACAGUCUAAAUGAAAACUUUGAACUUAGGGCCGGUGAACAACCUGAGUUCCGAAAGGCAGAAGAGACUAGGGACGGGGAAAAUGAGGAAGAAAAUCCAAAAGAUGAUGAACUUUCUUCUCAGCUUACAGAGCAUGAGUACCUACCUAGCAAUUCAUCUACUGAACAUGACCAACUCAGCACAGAAAUGACAAGUCAGGAUGGGGAAGAAGGUGCUAGUGAUAGCGCUGACUAUCAAUAUUCUCGUCCACUCUACAUCAAGCCAAGUAUUAUGUCUCACAAGAGAUGGGUCCAUGUAAAACCAGAAAAGUUUGAACAGGACUGUGAAGGUGUGGAGUUAAACCAUGCCUUUGAAGACCAUGUUUCCGAAUCAAUAAAUGCUGGUCAAAUAGAAACUGCAAUCCAAUCUUCAGGAGUUGGGGAAAGUUUUGAAUUCUGUAAUAAGAAACCCGCCGAAUUGGACGCUCGUGGCAACAACAGCAAUUAUGAUGAUCAAGUUGAUUUUUAUGGCGCUUCAAUGGAAGAGUUUUCUGGGGAAAGAGAAGAACAUCUUGACGGACAUGGAGCUGAGAAUACAACUGCAUAUGGGGAGGGCAUUGAGGUGGCUUCAGGAAUUAAAGAGGAAACCUCACCAUCUGGUUUUACAGCGGUUGUUUACAAACUUUAUCCAUGCCAAUGUGGCAAAAGUUUUACCCACAAAAGUCAGAGGGACAGGCACAUGAGCAUGCAUCUUGGCUUGCGGCCUUAUGGCUGUGGUGUCUGUGGUAAGAAAUUUAAAAUGAAGCAUCACUUGGUAGGACACAUGAAAAUCCACACAGGUAUAAAACCUUAUGAGUGUAACAUCUGUGGCAAGCGCUUUAUGUGGCGGGAUAGCUUCCAUCGCCAUGUGACAUCCUGCUCUAAAUCAUACCAUGUUCCAAAGGUGGAUCAGGCACCAGCUGAGAGCUAAAUGCUUGCCUUUAUGUGUUUGUCCAUAUUGUUGUAUAGAUGUGAGUUAUUUGUGGAAUCGUAUAAAAUACUUUGAACCCCCAAAAAGCAAUAAAUAUGAAUUUAGUUUUUUUUAGAUGCUUAGCAAAUCCUUGUAUCCACAGAGCCAGGCCUACUAGACUUUUUUUCUUCUGUCUCGUCCUUAUUUGGCUUUUUAAAACUCGUGAGACUGGCUCCUUGACAUUUUUUUUUGGGGGGGGGGGCUCCUAAAUUUUAACUAAAUUUGUAAAUUCCUAGUUUAAAUCAACGAUUGAAUCAUUUUAGCUAGAGACACAUAUCUGCAUUAAAUUCCUUAAGCAUAUUGCAAAUGGGGUUUUAAUGGUUUCCAUUUUAAAAAGACCCAAGAAUUAGAACACGCCAACUUGUGUGUACAAAAACAUUGGCGCGCAUCUAUGAUUAUAUGAAUACCAUGUGACUGGCAACAAUGGUGGCUGCUUUUAAGGUACGUUAAAGGGUACUUCCCGUUCUAUCUGUUUUGUCUGAAAAAUUAUGGCCACCCUAGUACAGUCAUAAAUGUUCCCUGCAUCUUUUACUAGCACUUAGAACUAACUGUAUCAAUCAUAGUACUGUAUUUAGACUUGGAUAAGAAUGCUACAUUUAGCAGGCACAUGCUUUUAUUAAUUUAUAGACAAGCUACUUCACUGACCUACAAAUUUAAUUGGUUUGUAACAGAUUUCCAGAUUUUGUCAUCUGAUCAUUUAACUGUAAGAUAAAAAUGCCAAUACAGAAUUGUUUUGCAGUUAAUUUGGAUUUAACAGGUUUGGUUCUAUUGUAAUAGUAUUCUGUUGGUUUUUACCGAAGAUGUUUUUUUUUUCCAUUCGUUAAAGGGGCUUGUUCGGGGUACUUUGUUAGUGUCUAGACCAAGCUCUAUUGGGUGCAAGGUAUAAGGUACAUAAAAGCCAAAAUGAAACUGUCUCCUGGUUCAGAUAGAACAUACAAUUUUAAGUGACUUUUUAAUUUUUUACUAUCCAAUUAUCUACUGGGAGCUUGUUGCUAAUUGGUUGCGGCACGUUUUUCUGUAACUCUCUUUUCAUUGGCUCAUCAGAUGUGUUCAGCUAUCUCCCAGUAGUGUAUUGCUGCUUCAGCUAUGAACUUAAUCCAUAUUCAGGAGUUAAUCACAUAGAGCAUUUUAUUGCUUGCAUAAAAGACAUAAAGGCAUUUUCUUUUUUCACCUUUUUGUCCCUUUAAUGUGCUCCAUGUUUUGACUGUACCGCAGGGCUUGACAAACCCGGGAGCCACAGGCUACUAGAAUUUUACCCCUGGCUCCUAAUUUUUUUGUUUAUUCUCCAUAUAUACAAAUACCACUCCUAAAUUUUAAACAGAUUUGUUGACCUCUGCCAUACUGUAAGUAGUGCUCCAAAUUACAUUGUGAUGCACCCCCCCCCCCCAAAUGGCUAUAAUUAUCAGGAAGUGUUUCAUAUAGCAGUGGUGAAUUUAUAAUACUCUUUGUCACUUGUAGCUGUUUUUUUUUUGUGUGAGCCCCUUUAAUUGAUAACUGAAGAUGUAUAAGCUAAUCAUGCACUUUUUAAAAAUGUAUUUAUAGUAAAAUAUACCAGAUCCUCAUUAGCAGAUUAUUUUGAAAGAGUACAAAAUAUCAAGCACCAAAUACCGAGAACAGGGCUGAAAUAUGUGUCCAUCAGAAUUAAAAACACAUCUUCUCAAAGUCUUUUCAUUUGUUUAGUGGACAGUUAAAGGGACCGUAAACAUGAAAAAUAUGAUUUAUUUUCUUUAAAAAUUAUGCUGAUAUUUAUUUUAGUUGUUUAAAACUUAAAUAAAUACAUGUAAAGGUUUAGUUUCUAUCAAAUACUUUUGUUUCUAUUAAAUAACUGACACUUAUCUAACCGUAUCUGCUAAGGUCAAUUAGUGACAGAUAAAGCGUGGAAUCAAUAGCUUGGUAGCAAUAUUGCUAUAUCCAGGGUUUAAAGUCCCUUUAACAUUGCUAUGAUAAACUCAACCUUUGUUUGAACACUUUUUUAUGUCCCUAAUUGUCCUCAAAAGAAGAGAUUAGAUAAGGGAAACCGUUUCCAGAGCCCAUUACUUUAUAGAAUUGGAAAGCCCACAAAUUUAAAUCCUACAUUUUUCAUGAUUCAGAUAGAGCAUGCAAUUUUAAUCAACUGUUCGAUUUAGUAAUAAUAUCAAAUUUACUUUAUUCUUUUGGUAUCCUUUGUCAGGUGAGCCAAUGAGCAAAGGCGUAAAUGUGCAUCCACCAAUAAUCGGCAACUAACCCGGUGGUUCUGAGCCUACUUAGGUACCAACAGAACAAAGCAAAUUAGAUAGAAGUAAAUAGAAAGUUGAUUAAAAUUGCUUGCUCUGUCUAACAUUAAGCCUAAAUUUUUUAUUUCAUGAUUCAAAUUACAGGAAAAUAAAAUAAUGAAAUUCAAAUAGAGAAUACAAUUUUAAACAACAUUCCAAUUUACUUCUAUUAUCUAAUUUACUUUAUUCUUCAGGUAUCCUUUGUUAAAGAUACAGCAAUGCACAUAGGUGAGCCAAUCAAACGAGGCAUCUAUCUGCAGCCACCAAUCGGCUGCUCUUGAGCCUAUUUAUAUGUGAUUUUCAACAAAGGAUAUCAAGAGAAUUAAGCAAAUUAGGUAAAAGUACACUUGAAAGUUGUUUAAAAUUGCAUGCUCUUUCUAAAUCAUGAAAAAAAAAUGUCCCUUUAACUGUCUCUUUUUUGUUGGUCAUUUAUCACAGAAAAUGUAAGCUUUUCAUUAAGUGUGACGUUACAGUAUAAAAUACAGCUCAGAUUAAGCAUUGGUAAUACAAUUUAAAUGAUGUUUAUCUCUGGAAGAUCACCUCCAAUUGAUGAUUUUUGAGAGUGGAUUCCCAUUUGUGAAGGACAUGGGUGUUAGUACAUAUCUGUUCCUGGCACCUUUCAGACUUUGAAUGUUUAUGGUUUUGAUUUGCAAUAACAAUUUCUGCCACCUUCUGUAUUUAUCUGAAGACUGCACUAAAAAUAAGUUAUGCACUUAUUAAACACAUACAUGUGUGCUCACUGUCAGCUGAGGAAGCCCCUACUCAAAUGGUAUCUGACAAUCAUCACAGGAUAUAAACACCCAAAGAACUUUUUAUAGAUAAAGGGUAAAACUAAAAAGUUUCUUUUGUACAGUGUCCAAACCUACACCGGAGUAGAUGGAAACCCCCAUGUCCAUGAAAUAGUUCUAUUAUUACUAUAAAAGACUAUAACCGAACAUUUGUAUAUCCAAAUAUGGGAGUCCCAAUGAAACAUCUUAUGGGGCACUAAACGUCUCUUGCUGGUGCUGCAAAUGACCUAAACCAGGUUAUAGAAUUUACUCUCUGGUCUAGCUAGGGAGCGUUGGACAAGCUUACUUGUGCACAAAAGCAAGAGGUGUUUAAAGACAUGCUUACUGUUCCUUUAAAAGACAUUACUUUAAAAAUCAUUUCUCUGUGCCAUUUACACUUCCUUGAUGCAGAAUCACAGAAGCUGUUCUCCUUUUUUAUAAAAAAAAUAACUUUACUAGCACGGUCUCACCGGUUGUAGGGGACCCGUGCUGUUAUAACCAAUAAAAACCUAAACAACCAGCGACAUACGUCUUGGUUGUCAAUGGGUUAAGAGCCUCAGAAACACUGCAUAUAAAAAAAAUUGUGCAUGUUUUGAUAACUGAUAUAUAUUGAAUAAUUUUUUAAAUUGUAUUCUUUAUUUUAAUGUCCUUUUAAAGGUAAAUCACUUUGCUUAAAAGUGAAAAAUACUUAUGGGAUUCUGCAUCAAUCGUGGCACAGAGAACUGAAUAAGAUAAAAUCCUAUUUACAGAAUGUUGUAUUUAUUGUGUAUUAUUUUGUAUUCUGUAGAACUCACCUUUUAUGUUUGCAAUAGAAUCUGAAAUUGUAAAAAAAGUAUAUUUUAAAAUACGAUUUGUUUUAUUAUUUUCUGGAAAUAAGCUUAAGUAGCACUUACUUGAAUAUUUUAUGUAAAAAAAAUAAUUUUUAGUUG